CUCUUUCAUAACACACGACAACUCAAAGACAAAGACCAUCACCUUCUAUCACCCACGGCAUCAUCCCAUUGCAUCAAUCGCGACAACCGCUUCCCGCACGCGACAACGGCAAUCCCGACUAUUGCAUCUCGAGCGCGUCAAUCGUCCCGGCGCAAAUGGCUCCUCGAGCAUCAAUGGCAGCACGACCGAGUACCGGCGGAAAGCACACAGGAGGCAAAGGCAUCAAAACAAAAGCACCGCGGCGGAGUACAGGAACUGGCCACGUCAAACAAUCCCGCCGCUACAAACCUGGCACCGUCGCUCUUCGAGAGAUCCGCAAAUAUCAACGCUCAACCGACCUCUUGAUCCUAAAGCUACCCUUCGCCCGAUUGGUCAGGGAAGUCUGUAUAUCAAUGGCACCGGCCGGCUCUGGAAUCUACCGCUGGCAAAGUCAAGCAAUCAUGGCGUUGCAAGAGGCAGCUGAAGCAUUCUUGGUCCAUCUUUUCGAGGAUACGAAUCUGUGCGCUAUCCAUGCCAAAAGAGUUACCAUUAUGCAAAAGGACAUUCAAUUGGCGAGGAGAAUUAGGGGAGCUUGGGGUGGACUGGGAUGAUCAAGAUUAUGGUUCGACGAAUCUCGACAUCACAAGGCCGGGAAACAUGAAGAGCUUGGGUGACAUUUUUAUUUGGCAGGGGUUGGAGUUCUAGUUCGACACGUGGGUUUGCGUGGACAUGCAUAUUCCUGCAUUUGUUCUCAUCCCACUUCUGCACCACGAUUUUAUGCAUGGCGUUUGACGCCUUCUGUUUUUGCUACCCAGUCCGUCUGUCUGAUAGGCAGGACGGAAGAGUAUGGAGUUUGAAAGGAGGACCAAAGAUAUCCCAAACAAUGAUUGAAAGUAUUUUGUUGACUACCAUCCA